AUGACUGAAGAUCGAACAUCUUUUACAGAAGAUGAUCUAAAUUCUAUAAUAAAAGAAUUUGAGAAUACAAUUCAACGUUCACAAUUACUUGCAUCUCGAACUAAUCAUAUCAACACAUUACAAACGAAGCAAAUAGAGCGAUGUCAAACAACAAUUGAUAAAUCCAGUAAACGUCUUCAAGAUGUUGAACAUGAAAUUGAUGAAUUAGAAAAAAACUUCUGUAUUCGUUUAUGUUGUUCUUCAAAAUCAAAAAAAUCUUCAUCGAAAAAGUCAUCAAUCAAUAAAUCUCGAAGAAAUAAAUCAAAUUCAACUAUAGGUCAUAUUGAACAAGAUGUAAUCCGUAGAAAUGAUGGAUUUCAAAAUCUUGAUGAAAAUCUACAACGUUUACAACAUUUUAAUAUAUUAAUUGAUCAUGAAAUUCAAGAUCAAUUUCAAAUAUUAGUUUGUUGUCUAUUGCUAUAUAAAUAUUCUUAUAAUGACUCGCAAAAUGAUUUGAUGAAGUUCAUUUCCAAUGCUGUUCGCUGUCUCAUAAGCGGAGAAAUCGUUUUCUGUAGAAGUUUUUGA